GUGUAUGUUUCCAGCGUUGUUUAUUUAAAAUGACAGGUACUUAUUGAGAAAAUGUAAUACAAUCUUAAUCAUGAAAGUAUUUUCCUGACUCUGUAGCCCAUAAAUCUCUCUAGGCCACUCUAGCCCAUAAAUCAGGUAAUCUUCACAUUCUUUGCACAAAAGAUUGUGGCUUAAAGGCGAUGAAGUUGUCGAAGCAGUUUUUGUUAUCAUCGACGUUUGCAAAGCACUGCCCACAAAGUGUGUGCUGUAGGAACCUAAACAGAUGAUAAUCUGAAGAAACGAGAUCAGUUGAAUAUGUUGCAUGUGAAAGAACUUCUCACCUUAGGUCGAAAAUUGUUUGUUUUGUCGAUAAAACGAUAUGGGGAUGAGCAUUGUCAUGCAGCAGUAUAACCUGUUGCGUUCCUUGGCCAGUAAACAAUCGUUUCUCUUCCAUUUUCUUGCUCAGAGCAAUUGCCGAGCGCAACAGCAAUCACUCCAUUUUACUGAAUGUAGAAUGGCGGAUGAUAAGAGACAGAAACAAAUUCGUUUCUAUUCAGAUAAACAUAACCGUCGUCUCAUACAACAACAAAAUGAAGCUGAUGUAUACAGAAUUUUUGGUGCAUUAGAAAAUCUGCCACCAUCAUUUAUCCCUAUCCAAACGAUUAAUCCAAGUGGAAAUGAGAGAUUGAUUCAUACUAGUGAUCAAAUAUUGGAACAUAAUGAUAUACAUGAGGUAUUAAAUAAUGAAAACGAUGACUCUGACUGCAAUAGCAGUAUUCAUAGUUAUGAAUAUCCAAAUUUCAAUUCAAGUGACGAUAAUGAAACAGAAGCAUCAGAUAUAGAGUCGAUUGAGGAUGAAGCAGAGAAUGAUGAUGAAAUUAUGAUUAAUGAUAACUUCAUACAAGAUAUUGCUACAUGGAUGAGACAAUUCAAAACAUCACAGAAGCCAAGGAUCCACGAAAACUUCUCCAUACUCCUACAUCUACAGAUGUUAAAGAAAUGUGUCAAGGACAAUACUGGCAUAGUGGUUUAA